CCACCACAGCACCCCUCCAGUAGCUUCGCUACCCUGCCGCAUAAGUGAAGUUCCAAUUAGCUGGAGUUACAUGCUGCCCGGAAGUCCAGAUGUCCAUCCUGGUCUUUCUCAAUGGGCUGGUCCUGACUUGGGAGCCGAUAUUGAGGCUCUAGAAGCCCUCGAAACGUACAGAAAGAAAGACCCGUCCAAAGUGGUGGUACGUUUCAAGGCGGUUGGGAAUGCGCCGAUCAUGAAACAGAACUUCUUUAAAGUGACCGUGUCGAACCGCUUUCAAGCUGUGAUACAGUUUCUGAAGAAAGAACUGGGAUAUAAGACUAGCGAGCCUCUAUUCACUUAUAUCAAUCUAGCAUUUUCGCCUGCGCCUGACGACACUGUCGCAAAUCUAUACAAGUCGUUCGCUACGGACGGGCAUCUUAUCGUUAAUUAUAGUACAACAGCUGCAUGGGGUUAAGAUAUGUGUACGCUACCGUCCGAAUUAAUAUAACUUUCUUUACCGC